CGAGCUCUCUCCUUUCUCGCUCCCUCCUCAGUGUGUGAAUUGCAUCCCUAGACUAUACACGCUCGUCUUUACUUCAGUACAGUCAAGUUCACAAUAGUUUGGAGUCCUUCGUUAUUUAUUGGCCAAGUCGUUUUUGUUUUUAUUGCUUCAUUUGUUUGUGAACUUUUACUUGUUGUAUGUACCUACAUUGUUCUGAAAAAUGCCUCGCGGACGUUACAGCGUUUUAAGUGGCCAAGCCCGGAAAAUGGUGCAUGCUGUCCUUCAAUUUAUGAAAAAAGAGCACGAAGAAGGCUUACUAAUACCUUUAAAUCUAGUUCAGAAACGAACGGCGGCUGCUACAGGAAUAUCUACGAGAACUGUUCAAAGAAUAGCUGCAACAGCAAGUGAAGCUGAAGCGAGGCCAGUCUUCCGCACACCUGGUAAAAAACGUAGGGGAGUCAAGAGAGUGACAGGCAUUGAUGGGUUCAAUCAAGGAGUCAUCAAAAGGUGCGUCCAUAACUUUCAUUUAACUGAAAAAAAAUUGCCAACAGUCCAAGCACUCCAAAAGAAAUUGAAAGCCGAUAUAAAUUAUCAGGGUUCUAUGACCAGCUUAAGUCGAAUUCUUAAGCAAUCGGGUUUUCAGUGGAAGAAAACCCAAUAUGAGAAAAGAGUUAUAAUAGAACAAACCAGUAUUCGAUUACAGCGCAUCGAAUAUUUGGAAAGUAUUUUCAAGUAUCGCUCGGAAGGUAGGCCCAUUGUAUACGCUGGAGAAUCAUAUGUCGAUUCUUCCCAAAGUAAGCCAUCGGGCGACGGUGUCAAAAUAGUAAAGGGUCAAGGCGUGGUUAUCGUUCAUGCGGGUUCAGAAGCGGGCUUCGUAUCCGAUGGUCUUUUAAUGCUUAAGGGGAAUCCAAAAAACACCGAUUAUCAUGAUAAUUUGAACCCUGACAUUUAUGAAAGAUGGGUUAGAACACAAUUAUUACCAGGUUUACCAGAAAACUCAGUCGUUGUGGUGGAUAAUGUAUCCUACCACAACAAAGAAGAAGAUCCGGCACCAUCUUCAAAUGCACGAAAAGCAGAAAUGCAAUCUUGGCUUCAUAAAAAGCAAAUAUCUUAUGAUGAUAGCAUGCUGAAGCCACAGCUUUACAAGUUAAUUGCUCAAAGUAAAGACAGAUAUAAAAAGUACAAUUUAGAUAAAAUUCUUAAACACCAUAACCACGAUGUAUUACGGCUGCCCCCUUACCACCCAGAUUUGAACCCCAUCGAGAUGGCAUGGGCAGCCAUAAAACAACAUGUUUCCAAUAAAAUUGUUACUUGGAACGUCAAUACUGUGAUGGAAUUGAUAGAAGAAAAAGCGAAUCAAAUAGGAGAAAGUGAAUGGAGCGGAUUUUGUGCAAAAGCAAUGGAAAUAGAAGAUGAUUAUAGAAAAAGUGACGUUGUCAUCGACAAUUUGACAGAAGAAUUCGUCACUCAAGCAAAUGAUAGCACUGAUAAUAGUGAUAAUUACUCAGAUUCCAACUCUGAGGGAGAUUCGAGUGAAGAGGAAUACUUUGGUGUAAAUAGUGAAGACAUGCCUUCUACAAGCGACUAUAUUUUUAUCGAGGAAUUGAGGGCUGUGCCGUAAAAUAAUUCUUCUGAAUUAAGCUUGUAAUAUAUUGAUCAGUAUUAA